AUGGCACGACCAAAAGUCCACGCCAUUCGACGAGAACCGCAACGCCCAGCCGGACGGGAAAGACCGCGCACCGCAGCUAUAAAUAAAAGCAACCUUUCCAGGGAAGAACAAUCCUUCCUCCGCGCACUCCUGCGCAAAGCCAGAGAAAAAAGGCCAGACACUGCUGACGUGUUCGCAGUGUCCGUGUCGGAUGAGACCAAUGACGACUAUCCCUACCAUUUGAACGACGACCUUAGCGUGCAACAGUCGGAGGACACCUACUUCGACCCACACGUCCUUCGGGACCUCCAGGACAAGACUCACGAAUGGGAGUGCCCCUCGACGAUCAACUGCGACCCACCGUUCCACCAGUUCAUUGGCGAUCUACAACAAAAAGGUACCUACGGGAAACUCUACUUGCCCGUGACGCUUGAGGACCAAUGGGAACACAAAGCGCUCGUGGACACAGCUGCCGAUAUCAGCCUGAUUGCCGACUAUCUCUUUGGUAAGUUACAGUCCCUGGCCAGAGAAGCCCACAGAGACCUAAAAACACAGCCAUGCGACUUGGAAAUUCGACCCUAUUCCCAGGUAAACACGACCAUACGUAAAAUGGCGCUGAUGCGACUGACCGUGGGCCCCAUGACACUAGUCCACCCGGUCUACAUCUCCCCAUUCAACGCGCAUCCACUCCUACUGGGCCAGGACCUCCUAAAUCGGUUAAAACCCAUAAUAGACUUCCAACCGUCUAAAGAUCUGGGCACAAGUCCGGGAGCCCUUACCCAUCCCACGCCCACUGGGCGAGAACCACUGCUACUUCAUAGAAGCGCCGCCUGCAGACGGCCUACAGCCCGCCGCGGCACAAACCAACACCGGUCAAGGAACGCCCACAAUCUGCGCGAUCGGUCGGGCAAACGCCACUAA